CUCUGCGAUAGUCUUGACGUCUCUACGCUGCAUGUAGCAGGGAUAAAGCCUACUCUUGCUGAUGUCGAUGUCUACUCAUUGUAGUGGUGCUGGGCGCAUGACAAUGCAUAAUAAUUAUGAGGAUUUGCAGCAACUACUCGAAGUAUCUCUUCAGGAUCUGAGAAUUUCCAAAGCUGGAUCCAUUGCGGUAUUCGCUCUCCAAGCAGCAGCGAGAGGAAGCGCAGCGAUGGCCUGAAAUCAUCAAGGCUGGUGAAGUUCCUCACCCAGCGACUAUUUCUGGUCUUUUCAAUCACCAAUACUCUCGCAUGCACCAGAUUCUGCCAAUUUUCUAGCAACAUCCGCACAGACCUAGUGCCAGCAGUUGAUGAUGACACCAAAAAGGAGCCAAUCACCUUCAAGACGAAUCAGAUUAAGACCUGGAGUGGCUCGUGAACGAUGCAUAACAUGGUGUGCGCUGAACAUCGCAAUCACACUAGCCAUGCUGACUGUGAUGGGGCCUACCCUUUGCAGUGGCAUCAAGUCCCACUACGCACAGUCGCUGGUGACUUCUAACAUUGGAGUGAACACAGUGAUAGCAACAUUCAACCUCACUGGACGACUCAGCGGAAGUGAAAGCGCUCCAAACACCAGCAACCCCGACUACUAUCCGGCACUGGUGCAACGUGGAAAUCUCGUGUAUGUUGUUAUCAAGCCCAGAAGGCCAAUGCAGCUACCGCUCGGUCUCGAUACAGAUGUGUUUGGCUUGAUUCCAACCAGCCAGAGCCGCUUUCCCGACACGUUUAUCUGCUACAUACAGGUGCGGCGUCCGCCUGAGAUCAUCACUGCCACGUCCGUCUCUACUUCUCUAGCCGACAUCAUCUUCACGGGAACGGAGUUCAAUUUCGACGUCUUUCCGCCGGCCAAUGGUAUUCUUGCAGCAACCAUCAGCAAGCAGAGCAACCAUUCUCUACCACUUGAAGCUAUUCUGCUCUCUGUUGAAGGCCACAUGUUGAAGAUACAAUGGAAGUUACCAUCGUAUGAUACUGACGUGCAGAUAGGAACGCCUGUGAGACUCGACAUCAGCGUCACAGACAAUGGCCUUGGCAUGACUAGCAAGAGAAACAUCUCCGGUAAAGACCUGGGCAGCACCGGUCAGCCAGUCUACUUCACGGCUGUAACCAAUGCAAGUAGCACCGUCUCCGUCAUCAUUACUCUUACAGCUCCCAAGUGCGACGUGACGCAACUUCCGCCAACGCCGGCUGGCAUGCACUAUCUACCUAUGUAUGUGAAUGUGAAUGGCGCGGCGCGUCUCGUCAAGGUCUCCUAUUUGUGUGCAGCACCCAGUAUGCUACUGGUGGGUCCCGCGGACCUGCUGUGCACCAGCGGUGGAACCUUUCAACCAUCCACACCGCCCAGCUGUGUGCGGCGGCAUCAGCCGGUCGUCACAGUUACACCCAGCACGCCGGCAAUGCCGUGCCUUACAUCUUGCAGACGAGCCAGGAUUAUCUAUCUUAACGCAACGUUUUGCCAGCUGGACUGUCAACCUCCUUCCCGCCGGUUCGGUCGCCUUGGUUACCAUUCCUGGAAAGAUGGUGACAUGCUGCUCAAGUGCCCUCUCUGUGUGGAUACUGAAGUACUUCCCACAGCUAUACCCACGUCAUCGUCAUCGCCGCCGCACUCUGCCUCAGAUUCCCACCGCAUGACGUUGCUCUACAUUGGCCUGGCGGCUGCAGCUGUCGUUGUUGGGUUCGUAUCGUUCGGGUCGGUUUUCGUUAUCGACUUCAUGCGCAACCCAAGCAAGUAUACAAAGAAGUCAAACAGGUAAUCAUCCUACUUGUCUAAAAGAAAAUAUGAACAAUGUCCAUCCACAGAAACUACAGCAGUUACUGCAGAACUAUUGAACGAGCUCAACCGACCUGGCACUGAAGAUUUAUUGAUUUCAAAACAACUGGAUACAAAGGUGGAAAGACAAGCAAAUGUGAUAUGGAAGGAAAUGAUGAUCACUGAAAAUAGACUUUAUUGCAUGGAAACUUCAUCAGAAAUAACGUUUUACAAACAACUUGGGAAGUGAAGUGCCUGACUGUAAACUAUGGACUUGAAGUUCUCUCAUUCCCAUAUUAUUCAUUUGAGUUGGUCUUUUCAAGGAAUCAUUAUUCAAACCUUUGUCGCGAACGCGAUCGUAAUUUCCAUAAUUAUCACUUAGACAUAAAUUUGUAGUGCUAGAGCCUACUUUUUCUGACCUUGCCGCGCUCCUUCCAUAUUCUGAAUGGCUAUAGGCAUGCGCAGUAUGGUACGCGCGCAUAUUAGGCAUGCGCGAUCUUGACCCGUAUAAAUUAGGCAUGCGCGUUCCUAAUCAGCCUCUCCUUUUUAUGAUCACCAAGAUUGACCUCGUGUUCUUAUGGCUCUUGUGUGAAUCCAAGUUUGCAGGCAGCUCGCCUUUUUAG